GGGACAGAUGGAGCACUGCACAGCCUAAAACAUUUGUACACCGGACAAACUGUGAGUGUGUGUGUGUGUGUGUGCAGGCGGCCUGUGACAGGAGGAACUCUGUGUGGGAUAAUAAUUAUGAAGCAGUGAGCGUCCCUCGUGCCCUCUGGACUGGAUGCUGAGAGCAGUAAUCCCAGCGACAGGGAGAACGCCGUGCUCAGAGCGGUCAGCACAAGGAAGAGGAGGAAACUUGUGCUCUUUCGGAGCAGGUGCAAGCCGGUCGUUUUAAGGAGCUGACAAUCUGUGAACAUGCCCGCUCAGUCCUGAUAAAUGUUAGAGACGGUAUCAGGACAUUAUUUUUUUAUUUUUUUUAAGGUUGACCUUUUUCGUUUACCCCCUCCUAAAAAGAGCUCACAGUGUCUCUAUCUGAGGUAGAGGGGGUCUUGGUAGCUCAGGAAGCCCACGCAGACGGACUCUAUGGUGAAGAUGAGUCUGGACCUUGUACAGGUGAUGAGUGGAAAGGUCAAGGAGCUUCAAGUUUCGCCUUCAUCCAACGGCAAUACCGAAGGAUCAAGGGAAGAGAAGGAAGAGUUCGAGCAGAAUCAGCUGAGCCCCGCUGCCAAGCCGAAGCCAGUGACAGGAAGACGAGUCCGGAAAGUGGAGGGAGGCGUCUUCUUUCCGAAACCAGAGAACGCCGUGACGAUCGCCGUGUCUUCUCGCGUCCUGUUUCGGACCGAGCGGGAGCAGAAGGUGUUCGAGCAGAAAGGAGUGGAGGAGUACCUCAGAUACCAAAUCGAGCACGAGAACGAACCGUUUUCACCUGGACCCGCUUUCCCCUUUGUGAAGGCUUUGGAGGCAGUCAACACUCGCCUGCGGGAGCUGUACCCACAAAGCGAAGAACUGUUUGACAUCGUUUUGGUUACGUACAACCACGCACAUGUUGGGAUCCGGCUCAUCAACACUAUCAAUCAUCACAACCUCUUCAUCGAGAGGUUUUGUAUGACGGGAGGCAGCAGCCCCAUAGGUUACCUGAAGGCCUGGCAUACAAACCUCUAUUUGUCUGCAGAUGCUGAGAAGGUCAGGGAGGCGCUGGCUGAAGGCAUUGCAGCAGCCACCAUGUUCAUGCCUGAGAAGCUGACAGAGGUGUCAGAGUCUCAGCUGAGGGUGGCGUUUGACGGCGACGCUGUCCUCUUCUCUGACGAGUCUGAGCGCAUUUUCAAAGCCCACGGGUUGGACAAGUUCUUCGAACACGAGCGGGAGAAUGAAGACACACUUCUGGAUCAUGGUCCCCUGAAGGGCUUCUUGGAGGCACUGGGGAAGCUUCAGAAAAAGUUUUAUGCUAAAGGCCAACGCCUGGACUGUCCCAUCCGCACCUACCUGGUCACUGCUCGGAGCGCAGCAAGCUCUGGGAUUCGAGCGCUCAAAACACUCCGGGCCUGGGGAUUGGAGAUCGACGAGGCGUUGUUCCUCGCAGGCGCACCUAAGGGCCCUAUGCUGGAGAAGAUCAGGCCGCACAUCUACUUUGAUGAUCAGAUGUUUCACGUGGAAGGCGCCGCGGAGAUGGGCACCAUCGCUGCGCACGUUCCUUAUGGUGUCGCACAGAAAAGUAACCAACAGAAAACGAGUAUGGGGAAGUAAACGGCAAGACUUUGAAUGAGAGCAAAGAGGAACUAGAUUGAAAGACAAAUGAAAAGAAAUCUUCGAUAAGUGUGAAGCGUUUAAUUUAUAUUAACAAUGUUUGGAAGUGAACAAAGGUCAAGAAGAGGUCUGGAACCUGGGGUGGCCUGAAUGACAAUAUGAUUGUCAAUUUAGUCGCCCGUCUGCUGAUGAGGUUUUGCAAAUUCUGCUCCACGUAGGACUUUUAUAGGUGCUCAGUUGUUUUAAUGGUUUCAAUCCUACGCUCAGAUGUUUUUUUUUCUUCCUAAAGGAAACUACUUCAGUGCUGCAAUGCUGGAGGACACUAAAUCACUGUAAAUGAAGGCACUUCAGUGAAUGUUAAAUGAUGAGCUAUAAGCACAAAAACAAACAUGUUUAAUAUAAAUAUGUACUGUAGUUGUCACAACAUUUCUGUCAAUCAUUUUAUAGUUUGACAUCACAAAAAUGUAAAGAUUAUAGAGAAACAUGUUGUAUACUGAAUGUGAUUUUUCUUGUUUUAGCUCCAAACAAACAGAAAGCCAUAAGUUUAGUUUGUGCCUUCAGAGCAACAAUUACCCUUUAAAACUCUACUUACAGCGUUUAAAGAAAAAACUUACAAUGAUGAAAUUGACAAGCUAACGACUAAUCUAAAGCAAGUGGAUUAAAAUUAUUCUAGUAUCUAAAAUUUCACAAUAGUUUAUGUGAGCACCUUUAAAUUGCAGAAAGUUUUGCAUUACCUAAUUAUUUAGGAUUCAAAUGUUAUUCCAUGCAUGAUUAGCAGUAGCACUUUUGGUGCAUCUUGGGGUACUUCCAGCAGGACCUUUUCACUAACACAAAAUUGACAAAGGUGUAAAUAUUUAUAAAAUAGUGUUUUGGUGAACUUCUAUAAAAAUUUAAAGAUAAGUUAUUUUAUGAUGGCCAAAUCCCUUUUGGAAGUAUAAAUAUGGUCUGACGAAAUGCUCCAAGCUGCACCAGAUCAAUCUCAGGACUCACUUACUGUUGGACAUAAUUUCAUUUCUCCAAACCUAGCAUUUGAAAAGAUAAGACUUGUAUUUUACCUUUUAAUGACCUUUUCACAUAAUCCUGCUUUAGAUUAUCUGAGUUAUUCCUUCAGAUUUCUUGUCGGAGCACACUAAUUGUCACUUUAUUAUUAUUAUGUUUUCUACUUUGCUUCUAGGUGCCUUUAGUUGUAAUGAAUGCACUUUUUGAUCGUUAGCACCUCUGAAAACAAGAAGAGUCAUAGCCAAUGAUUAGCAUUCUAAAGUUAAAGAUGCUACUGUUGGGCUUUGGUCAAAUACAAGCUGAGGCUUUGGUGAACUGAAUAUUCAAAGAAAUUUUGAGUCACGAUCAUCAGGGUUCAGUGAUGGCUAAAAAUGAAACAAAACUUUUCCUAGUUGCAAUAUAAAUCCAGCAACUCUAACGGAAUAGUUAGCUCUAAAAGAGCGUUAACUUUUGUUCCUGAUGAAAGUUCAGUGUUAUAAGUGAAUGGAUAAGAAUUUAAGCUGCAAAAACACAAUAGCUGCCAAAAUGCAUCACCUUUUUAAUGUAUUUGUUCUGAAUUGGUCUUUCUCUAAUACAAUGUCUACAUCAUUGAAGGGUUAUUUGGGGGUUAAUAUAAAUAAAAGUCAGUAAGAUUUUAGUAAACAUUAUGUUAGAAACAGCAAGUUGCCUUUGUCAGAAUCUAAAUUCAGUAAUCAUUUACCUUUCCAGUCCUCCCUAAUCUGCUGUUAGAGCUUAAAAUAUUUCAUCACAGCCCAUUUAUAUAAAAUCCAUGAACCAAUUUUAGCUUUAACUCUUUUCACUGCUUUAUGUCUUCCCCAAAAUUAAUCUCAUUUGGUUGAUUCUCUACCUCACAGCUUUUCAGCAUUACUUUUCUUUUCUUUUUUUUCUUUUUUUUUUUUGGAUGGCCUCCCUUCUCCCUUUACAGCCAUCCUCUCCACACUUUUCAGCAUUACUUAAAAGAAAAAAAAAGCUGUGCAUUUUCUUUUUUUUACCUGGUUUCUCUAACGUCCAUUUUCUCCCUCUGCCUCUGUUUACGUGUGAAUUAUUUUACUGACUCAAUACGGAAACUGUCCAAAGUGUACUCAUCAAAUGUUAAAAAUGUAAACAAUCUUCUCGUAAUUAUUGGCAACAAAGCACAUCUGCUGAUUUCCCUUAUUUCUUACAAAUUACAAAGUAGAUAUUUGUUAAUGAUGUUUAAUGCUUAUUUUUAUAAUAGAUGAUAUUCAUGUAUGAAAAACUUCAAAUCAAAAACAUUGAAAAAAUAUUUUCAGAGCUUUUAUGGCUUUUAGCUACAAAGAUUCUAAUGUUAUAAAGAAAUGUUAAGCAUGUUGUAUUUUUUUGAUUGAGAAAAUCAGCUUUGUAAAUUAGCAUUUAUCUGGUCAAAAAGAAGCAGAAAUUUUGCCUGUAAGGGAAGAAUAGAUGAUAUAGGUUUGUAUUAGAUUGAGGUAGUUUUAGGAGCAACAGAUCUUCUAAUAGAAAAGUGAAUUUGUUUUUCAUUAAGACUAAAAUUAAGAUUAAUCUGAAGCUGUUUCCUUUUCUAUGAUUGUGUUUCUACUUCCUCUCAGUUUUCACAGAGAGAUGAUUCUUUACUCCUCAGGAGACCAUGAAAACCUGAGUUCAGGGAAGGGACAAGCAAUCCAUCUGUUCUAUCUCACAGCCAAA